GCAAAGCGUCCAUUAAGUGAAGAAACAAAGGAUGCACAAGGUGACAAAGCUGAGACAAUUAAGAUCGUUGCAGCAAGUGCUCAAGACAUGCAACGAGUGGAGGAGAUCGGAGAAAGCAAGGAAACAAUUAAAGAACCAAGAUGAAGCUGGAUUAACAGUAACGAAAGACACAGCUGAAGAGCUAGAAAUCUCAACAUACAUCCAACCUUCAACUACUCCAGAAGUCAUAACCGUACAAACUGAAGCUCAUGCACAACAGGCGAUCGAUAAUGAACUUGAUUCUGAAGCAAAGCAACCAGAUAGGAUCAUCCCAAAAGGAGAAACUGGUCGUGUAGGGUUAGAGAAUGAAAAGUACCCAAGCAUUCUAUCAGAUUCUGUGACCACAACUUCACAAGACAAAACUGCUAUUGUAAUAGAACCUACUGCUGAAAUCCCUGAAGAAACUCUUGAUGAUGAAACCGCCACUGGGAAAGAAAGUGCACCUCUACCAACACUAUGUACAGAGGAAUUCCAGAAUAAAGAAACUACACAAGAAGUACCGCCUGACCAAUCCACACUAGAAAUGAAUGUGACUGAAGUGGUGGCCUCGAUUUCUCCACCUGUCCCUGUGGAUCUUCAGUCUGGUCAUGAUGAAUUAUGCACAGAUGUUCCAAUUAAAAUUGACCAACCAACAGAUUUAAAUGGACACACGCAAGACAAACCGAAGCGUGCACCACCAGGUGAUACAUUUGAUGAAGCAACCAGUCAAGAUGUGGGAAAACCACUCUUUCAGAGAUUAAAAGAGAAGACGAAAGAAUUUUUCAGCUCAAAGUCUGAAAAUGUAGAGACUGACAGAUCAAUCCCAGCAGAUACUGAUUCUCAAUCCAAUGAGGUCGACUCAAUCAAAGCCACUAAAGAAGGUGAUAAGGAAACUACAGCACCUGUAAAAGAUAUAGAAAGCGCAGUAGAAAAACAUGUCACAGAUGCACUUGUUACAAUCGAGACAAUUAUUGGCACUGAAUCUGAAAUGUCAGCAAGUGUCCAAACUGCUCAAAAACAAGAAAACAUUUGUGAACCAACAGAGACUCCAGAAUGUUUGAAAACUAGUUCCAAAGAAGCCUUGCUGAUCACAAGCAUUCCUGAAGUCAGUCAUGAUGUAGAAAUCAGCAUCAAGUUUUCGAAUACGGACAUGUUAGCAACAGAUGCGUCAGACACAUCACAUUCUGAAGAAAAUAAAUUGGGUGCAGAUUCAUCAAAGGAUAUUGAUGAUUUGAAAAAAGAAUUCGAUGUUCAAACUCAAUCAUCUGGAGACAAACAAGACAUAUUGACGACGAUUAACGACCUUACAGUGGUAUCAGAAGAAGAGAUCAAAGAAGCAAAAUUGAGCACUAGUUUAGAAGGUGAAGCGGUUUUAAAAAGUCUGGAAGAAACUGGUGACAAAACGGUAAAAAUCAAAGGCAAAGCUGUUACCAAAUCGACUGAUGUCAUCACACUAUCCGGUGACAUUGAGACGAUAGAAGCAAUAACUGAAAAAGAUCAACAAAAGGAAAGUGACGUUGUAAUUGCACCAUCCGACACUGCGAGAGCAAAGCGUCCAUUAAGUGAAGAAACAAAGGAUGCACAAGGUGACAAAGCUGAGACAAUUAAGAUCGUUGCAGCAAGUGCUCAAGACAUGCAACGAGUGGAGGAGAUCGGAGAAAGCAAGGAAACAAUUAAAGAACCAGAUGAAGCUGGAUUAACAGUAACGAAAGACACAGCUGAAGAGCUAGAAAUCUCAACAUACAUCCAACCUUCAACUACUCCAGAAGUCAUAACCGUACAAACUGAAGCUCAUGCACAACAGGCGAUCGAUAAUGAACUUGAUUCUGAAGCAAAGCAACCAGAUAGGAUCAUCCCAAAAGGAGAAACUGGUCGUGUAGGGUUAGAGAAUGAAAAGUACCCAAGCAUUCUAUCAGAUUCUGUGACCACAACUUCACAAGACAAAACUGCUAUUGUAAUAGAACCUACUGCUGAAAUCCCUGAAGAAACUCUUGAUGAUGAAACCGCCACUGGGAAAGAAAGUGCACCUCUACCAACAGUAUGUACAGAGGAAUUCCAGAAUAAAGAAACUACACAAGAAGUACCGCCUGACCAAUCCACACUAGAAAUGAAUGUGACUGAAGUGGUGGCCUCGAUUUCUCCACCUGUCCCUGUGGAUCUUCAGUCUGGUCAUGAUGAAUUAUGCACAGAUGUUCCAAUUAAAAUUGACCAACCAACAGAUUUAAAUGGACACACGCAAGACAAACCGAAGCGUGCACCACCAGGUGAUACAUUUGAUGAAGCAACCAGUCAAGAUGUGGGAAAACCACUCUUUCAGAGAUUAAAAGAUAAGACGAAAGAAUUUUUCAGCUCAAAGUCUGAAAAUGUAGAGACUGACAGAUCAAUCCCAGCAGACACUGAUUCUAAAUCCAAUGCGGUCGGCUCAAUCAAAGCCACUAAAGAAGGUGAUAAGGAAACUACAGCACAUGUAAAAGAUAUAGAAACCACAGUAGAAAAACAAGUCACAGAUGCACUUGUUACAACCAAGACAAUUAUUGGCACUGAAUCUGAAAUGUUAGCAAGUGUCCAAACUGCUCAAAAACAAGAAAACAUUUGUGAACCAACAGAGACUCCAGAAUGUUUGAAAACUAGUUACAAAGAAGCUUUGCUGAUCACAAGCAUUCCAGUAGUCAGUCAUGAUGUAGAAAUCAGCAUCAAGUUGUCGAAUACGGAAAUGUUAGCAACAGAUGCGUCAGACACAUCACAUUCUGACGAAAAUAAAUUGGCUGCAGAUUCAUCAAAGGAUAUUGAUGAUUUGAAAAAAGAAUUCGAUGUUCAACCUUCAUCAUCUGGAGACAAACAAGACAUAUUGACGACGAUUAACGACCUUACAGUGGUAUCAGAAGAAGAGAUCAAAGAAGCAAAAUUGAGCACUAGUUUAGAAGGUGAAGCGGUUUUAAAAAGUCUGGAAGAAACUGGUGACAAAACGGUAAAAAUCAAAGGACAAAGCUGUUACCAAAUCGACUGAUGUCAUCACACUAUCCGGUGACAUUGAGACGAUAGAAGCAAUAACUGAAAAAGAUCAACAAAAGGAAAAUGACGUUGUAAUUGCACCAUCCGACACUGCGAGAGCAAAGCGACCAUUAAGUGAAGAAACAAAGGAUGCACAAGGUGACAAAGCUGAGACAAUUAAGAUCGUUGCAGCAAGUGCUCAAGACAUGCAACGAGUGGAGGAGAUCGGAGAAAGCAAGGAAACAAUUAAAGAACCAGAUGAAGCUGGAUUAACAGUAACGAAAGACACAGUUGAAGAGCUAGAAAUCUCAACAUACAUCCAACCUUCAACAACAAAGUCUGAAAAUGUAGAGACUGACAGAUCAAUCCCAGCAGAUACUGAUUCUCAAUCCAAUGAGGUCGACUCAAUCAAAGCCACUAAAGAAGGUGAUAAGGAAACUACAGCACCUGUAAAAGAUAUAGAAAGCGCAGUAGAAAAACAAGUCACAGAUGCACUUGUUACAACCAAGACAAUUAUUGGCACUGAAUCUGAAAUGUCAGCAAGUGUCCAAACUGCUCAAAAACAAGAAAACAUUUGUGAACCAACAGAGACUCCAGAAUGUUUGAAAACUAGUUCCAAAGAAGCUUUGCUGAUCACAAGCAUUCCUGAAGUCAGUCAUGAUGUAGAAAUCAGCAUCAAGUUUUCGAAUACGGACAUGUUAGCAACAGAUGCGUCAGACACAUCACAUUCUGAAGAAAAUAAAUUGGGUGCAGAUUCAUCAAAGGAUAUUGAUGAUUUGAAAAAAGAAUUCGAUGUUCAAACUCAAUCAUCUGGAAACAAACAAGACAUAUUGACGACGAUUAACGACCUUACAGUGGUAUCAGAAGAAGAGAUCAAAGAAGCAAAAUUGAGCACUAGUUUAGAAGGUGAAGCGGUUUUAAAAAGUCUGGAAGAAACUGGUGACAAAACGGUAAAAAUCAAAGGCAAAGCUGUUACCAAAUCGACUGAUGUCAUCACACUAUCCGGUGACAUUGAGACGAUAGAAGCAAUAACUGAAAAAGAUCAACAAAAGGAAAGUGACGUUGUAAUUGCACCAUCCGACACUGCGAGAGCAAAGCGACCAUUAAGUGAAGAAACAAAGGAUGCACAAGGUGACAAAGCUGAGACAAUUAAGAUCGUUGCAGAAAGUGCUCAAGACAUGCAACGAGUGGAGGAGAUCGGAGAAAGCAAGGAAACAAUUAAAGAUCCAGAUGAAGCUGGAUUAACAGUAACGAAAGACACAGCUGAAGAGCUAGAAAUCUCAACAUACAUCCAACCUUCAACUACUCCAGAAGUCAUAACCGUACAAACUGAAGCUCAUGCACAACAGGCGAUCGAUAAUGAACUUGAUUCUGAAGCAAAGCAACCAGAUAGCAUCCCAAAAGGAGAAACUGGUCGUGUAGGGUUAGAGAAUGAAAAGUACCCAAGCAUUCUAUCAGAUUCUGUGACCACAACUUCACAAGACAAAACUGCUAUUGUAAUAGAACCUACUGCUGAAAUCCCUGAAGAAACUCUUGAUGAUGAAACCGCCACUGGGAAAGAAAGUGCACCUCUACCAACAGUAUGUACAGAGGAAUUCCAGAAUAAAGAAACUACACAAGAAGUACCGCCUGACCAAUCCACACCAGAAAUGAAUGUGACUGAAGUGGUGGCCUCGAUUUCUCCACCUGUCCCUGUGGAUCGUCAGUCUGGUCAUGAUGAAUUAUGCACAGAUGUUCCAAUUAAAAUUGACCAACCAACAGAUUUAAAUGGACACACGCAAGACAAACCGAAGCGUGCACCACCAGGUGAUACAUUUGAUGAAGCAACCAGUCAAGAUGUGGGAAAACCACUCUUUCAGAGAUUAAAAGAGAAGACGAAAGAAUUUUUCAGCUCAAAGUCUGAAAAUGUAGAGACUGACAGAUCAAUCCCAGCAGACACUGAUUCUAAAUCCAAUGCGGUCGGCUCAAUCAAAGCCACUAAAGAAGGUGAUAAGGAAACUACAGCACAUGUAAAAGAUAUAGAAACCACAGUAGAAAAACAAGUCACAGAUGCACUUGUUACAACCAAGACAAUUAUUGGCACUGAAUCUGAAAUGUCAGCAAGUGUCCAAACUGCUCAAAAACAAGAAAACAUUUGUGAACCAACAGAGACUCCAGAAUGUUUGAAAACUAGUUCCAAAGAAGCUUUGCUGAUCACAAGCAUUCCAGUAGUCAGUCAUGAUGUCGAAAUCAGCAUCAAGUUGUCGAAUACGGAAAAGUUAGCAACAGAUGCGUCAGACACAUCACAUUCUGACGAAAAUAAAUUGGCUGCAGAUUCAUCAAAGCAUAUUGAUGAUUUGACAAAAGAAUUCGAUGUUCAACCUUCAUCAUCUGGAGACAAACAAGACAUAUUGACGACGAUUAACGACCUUACCGUGGUAUCAGAAGAAGAGAUCAAAGAAGCAAAAUUGAGCACUAGUUUAGAAGGUGAAGCGGUUUUAAAAAGGCUGGAAGAAACUGGUGACAAAACGGUAAAAAUCAAAGACAAAGCUGUUACCAAAUCGACUGAUGUCAUCACGCUAUCCGGUGACAGUGAGACGAUAGAAGCAAUAACUGAAAAAGAUCAACAAAAGGAAAGUGACGUUGUAAUUGCACCAUCCGACACUGCGAGUGCAAAGCGUCCAUUAAGUGAAGAAACAAAGGAUGCACAAGGUGACAAAGCUGAGACAACUAAGAUCAUUGCAGCAAGUGCUCAAGACAUGCAACGAGUGGAGGAGAUCGGAGAAAGUAAGGAAACAAUUAAAGAACCAGAUGAAGCUGGAUUAACAGUAACGAAAGACACAGUUGAAGAGCUAGAAAUCUCAACAUACAUCCAACCUUCAACAACAAAGUCUGAAAAUGUAGAGACUGACAGAUCAAUCCCAGCAGAUACUGAUUCUCAAUCCAAUGAGGUCGACUCAAUCAAAGCCACUAAAGAAGGUGAUAAGGAAACUACAGCACCUGUAAAAGAUAUAGAAAGCGCAGUAGAAAAACAAGUCACAGAUGCACUUGUUACAACCGAGACAAUUAUUGGCACUGAAUCUGAAAUGUCAGCAAGUGUCCAAACUGCUCAAAAACAAGAAAACAUUUGUGAACCAACAGAGACUCCAGAAUGUUUGAAAACUAGUUCCAAAGAAGCUUUGCUGAUCACAAGCAUUCCUGAAGUCAGUCAUGAUGUAGAAAUCAGCAUAAAGUUGUCGAAUACGGACAUGUUAGCAACAGAUGCGUCAGACACAUCACAUUCUGAAGAAAAUAAAUUGGGUGCAGAUUCAUCAAAGGAUAUUGAUGAUUUGAAAAAAGAAUUCGAUGUUCAAACUCAAUCAUCUGGAGACAAACAAGACAUAUUGACGACGAUUAACGACCUUACAGUGGUAUCAGAAGAAGAGAUCAAAGAAGCAAAAUUGAGCACUAGUUUAGAAGGUGAAGCGGUUUUAAAAAGUCUGGAAGAAACUGGUGACAAAACGGUAAAAAUCAAAGGCAAAGCUGUUACCAAAUCGACUGAUGUCAUCACACUAUCCGGUGACAUUGAGACGAUAGAAGCAAUAACUGAAAAAGAUCAACAAAAGGAAAAUGACGUUGUAAUUGCACCAUCCGACACUGCGAGAGCAAAGCGACCAUUAAGUGAAGAAACAAAGGAUGCACAAGGUGACAAAGCUGAGACAAUUAAGAUCGUUGCAGCAAGUGCUCAAGACAUGCAACGAGUGGAGGAGAUCGGAGAAAGCAAGGAAACAAUUAAAGAACCAGAUGAAGCUGGAUUAACAGUAACGAAAGACACAGUUGAAGAGCUAGAAAUCUCAACAUACAUCCAACCUUCAACAACAAAGUCUGAAAAUGUAGAGACUGACAGAUCAAUCCCAGCAGAUACUGAUUCUCAAUCCAAUGAGGUCGACUCAAUCAAAGCCAGUAAAGAAGGUGAUAAGGAAACUACAGCACC